AUGAAUCAGGCUUCCAAGCUCAACCUUUUGCUUCUCCUGGUGUGUUCUUUCGCACCAUCUGCAAUCAUGUGCAGCAGGGAUCUGAACCUCAAAUCCAGUAAUCCCGAAAAGCCAACCCUGCUCAACAGGAUGAAACUGGUGGAAGAAGGCACAUCAACAUGUUGGGAAUCUCUGUUUGAGCUCCAAUCCUGUGCCGGUGAAAUUGCUCUGUUUCUGAUGAAUGGAGAAACAUACUUAGGAGACAGCUGCUGUACCGCAAUAAGGACGAUUCAACACCAUUGUUGGCCAUCCAUGCUUGGUUCCGUUGGAAUUGAUGGUGAAGAAAGUGAUGUUCUUCUCGGCUACUGUGAUGCAAGUGAAGAUGAAGGUUCUGGCUCUGGCUCUGGCUCCCCUCCCCUGCUUCCAAUCCCUCCAAAAUCGACAUCUUCCUACGUGAUCAACCAUCCUUGA